CGUGACUAUGUGGUGGGCGGUAGUUAUAUGGCUCAUAGCAGCCGAGAGCGCGCAGGGUAUCGCCAACAAAGUUAUAGACGUAGCGACCACAUGUGACAAGAGCUCUAUCGCCGUUCACAUCAUCAUGGACCAACCUUUCAAAGGACUGGUCUUCAGCAAAGACUUCUCGAGAGAGUGUCGAGCUCAAGGAAAAUUACAAAAGAAAGUGUCAUUAAAUCUACCGUCAAACGCCUGCGGGGUUCGUACCUCUACUAUCAACUCGACGGUAGAAGAACCUGAUGAUAACGAGGACCUAUACUACACGGUGGAGCUGGUCAUACAAAUGGACCGCCAGCUGCAGCAGUCCUCCGAUCAAGAGUUAAUGGUGAGGUGCAAGCUGCAACCACCUGCUGUUAGAAUCCACAGCUCAGCACUCGAGGGCGUCAUCAGCACCAAGCUACGAGAAAUGACAAGGCAAGAAGCUAAGAAAGUUAGGACGGGUCGCAAUCGUCAAGGAUUCAACCCAGCGGAGGCGGAGCAGCGUCAGCAGUUGGUGCAGGCGGCACGCGCUUGGAUGGAGCUGGCGCCCACCGCAGCCGCCGCAGAGCCCGCCUCCGUCGAGGUCGGCCAGCCCACGCGGCUGCUCAUACAGUGUACCUUGCCUGUAGGUGUAGGCCUGCGAGUAACGAAUUGCGUCGCCCACGAUGGCUUAGGAGAGGCGUCACAGAAGCUUCUCGAUGACGCCGGCUGUCCCAUCGAUGAAGCCAUCUUCAGUAGCCCCACAUUGCACGAACACAAGCACCGCGCCCCAGAAGUCAACCUUUCCGACUUAAAAUCUGUCGACCCUCAACAAAACAUAGAAGAAUCUACAAAGAUAAAGCAGAUAAAGAACGACCCAGAUUACGCUUUCAAAAAUAUCAUGACAUAUCAACAUGCUGUAGUCACUUUCGCAGCAUUCAAAUUCCCAGACAGAGCGAAACUACAUUUAACCUGUGGGGUGGAACUUUGCAAAGGAAUCUGUCCCAAGAUAGACUGUAAAGCCUUGAGAAGACCGCAGCAGACUAGAGACGGGCUGUUAAGGAAAGCAAGGUUGGACAAAGAUGCUAGAGGAUUGGUUAUUGAUAGGUUAGAGGUGUACAAUAGCAUAGAAGUACUAGCGCCGAACAUUGAGCUCGAGGACGAAGCAUCAAUAAGAGGGUCGAGAAGAAUAGACGGUGACAAAGAUGAAUUCGUACGAGGCUUCUCUCCAGGAGACAAAACAAUAUGCUUAUCACCUGGAAAAAUGGCCCUUGCGUUUUGCGUUUUAGGGAUAAUUUUUCUAUGCGCCAUAGCUGUUGCAUUUGCAUCAUUAGUACGAGCGAGAAGACGAAUGAUUCGCGAACCACUGCAUACGUCACUCUCCUUCUAUACCGGCAGCAAGAGUUUAUUCUCUUCAAGUGAGAGUUCCAGUUCUGGUCUAAGUGGAAGUAAAUUGUUACUAACUGAUAGUCCUUAUUUAGAUCACCAUUCAUCUUCCAGCAAUAAUUGGCCUUAUGCUAGAGCAUUUUGAGCAAGCAAAUAUUAACGAAGUUAAAAAAAAAUUAAGCGCAAAGGAAUACCAUUUCACGUACGCGGCCAAUUACAGUUUUAAAUAAACUUCUUGUUUUGCAUACAUAAGAUGAGGCUAUAAUAUUAUGUAUUUAAAGUUCUUUAUUAUUAUUUCUUCAAUUUGUCAUGAUAGACGCAGAAAUAUUGUGAAUUUGGUACAUUUCAUACUUAUUUUUUAAUUUAUUUUCAAACAGUAAAAGAAAUUAGCGUACAAUUUAAUACUCCUAUAAGACAUUGGUGCUUUUGUGUUGAAAUUAUUUAUAAUGUAAGAUGUGACAAAUGGGAUUGUUUUCUGGGAAGACUGUCCGAUUAAUAUUACUCUAAUGUUUAGUUUGUAGUUUAAUUUAUUUUUAUUGUCAAAUACAUGCUUGAGGUGGUGCUUUUGAUAAAUUUGAAAAUUCAUAAGAAUUUCACCGAAAGUCUUAUGUAGAGUUUUAGAGAUGUAAGUUAAUUUAGGUUAAUAUAUCGAGAUAUUUUACAAAGUUAUAACAAAGGAUACAUGUCAAAGGUUUAAUAGCUAUUAUUAAUAUCCUGUGACGUACUUCGUAAUUCGUAAGGACUGGGAACAUAGCUAUAUUCCCAAGAUAAUUUCUUGUUUGUGUCGUAACAUAUCCAAUACAUUUUAAUUGAAGAUAUAGAAUAGGUAAUUAGCUAUUGCUACAUUGCUACUUCAAAAUGGUGUCGGUUGA